UUAGGAGCGAUGAACUCAGACUACAGAAGUCUGUAUCAGGCCAGAUCCUCGGGAGUGAGUAACUACACGGUCACCGGUAUCUCCAACAGCAUCAUCGCUGCCAGAAUUGCCUUCUGCUUCGACCUGCGAGGACCCACCAUGGUCAUUGACACCGGAUGCUCUUCGGCUCUGAUAGCGAUUCACACGGCCUCACAAGCUCUGAGGACAGGUAUUUGGAUUUGUUCGUUGUUCCAAGACUUCUUUUUAGUGCCUUUUAACCUGUCUUUGAUAGUGCCUUUUAACCUGUCUUUGAUAGUGCCUUUUAACCUGUCUUUGAUAGUGCCUUUUAACCUGUCUUUGAUAGUGCCUUUUAACCUGUCUUUGAUAGUGCCUUAUAACCUGUCUUUGAUAGUGCCUUAUAGCCUGUCUUUGAUAGUGCCUUUUAACCUGUCUUUGAUAGUGCCUUUUAAGCUGUCUUUGAUAGUGCCUUUUAACCUGUCUUUGAUAGUGCCUUUUAACUUGUCUUUGAUAGACAUUCGUUAUUAAAAAGUUUUUGAAAUAUUUUUGUAUUUAAAAAAUAAUAUUACUGCUCGCUGUUUUCACUCUUCAUCAAAUGCAUUGGACACUAUCAUGCUAACUUAGACAAAACUACCUUAUUUAGAAACAGUCAUACUAACUUCAGAGCAUCAUGCUAACUCGGAAAAGUCAUUCUAGCGUAUGCACAAUCAUGCUAAAACAGACAUAAUCAUUUUAACGUAGGCGAAAUCAUGCUAGGUUAUGCAAAACCAUACUAACGUAGACAUGAUCAUGCUAACUUAUAUACAAUCAUACUAACGUAGACAGAAACUUACUAACUGAUACGUACUGCUGUAUAUAGGGAGAAAUUAAUCUCAUAUCUACCUAUAUGACUCGUUCCAAAAACAGUACAUAACAAAAGACGAUACCAAAAAUUGAAAACAAUAACAAAUAAUACGAUACUCGGAACAGGGCUAAUUACAGUUAAUAAGUUUCAUUAAAUUAAUAAUAAAGUACAAAAGUCAAAAAGAAAUAUAAUUAAAAACUAUUAACUUACAGUAUAUUGUGUGGCUUGUACCAGUAUAAUGUCCAAAUAAAACACAGUGAGCAAAAAUGUACAAAUAAUGAAGAGAAGUCUAUUGUAAACAAACCCUCACACGUUCCAAAAUAACCCCACACUCUGUCUGCGAAUCUGAUCUGCAGUCUGCUUGCCGUUCGCCUGUAUUAAUAGUCUAUUCCAUAGAAAAUUCCAGACUUAUUUCGCAUUUUAUUAGUGCCUCAAACAUUCCACAAUUUUCUAGCAAUUCGAGUCAAGAAAAACAGACCAUAUAUUGGUUUGUGGUAAACAAGAUAAAGGGAAUAAUCCACACCCAAUACUAAUACAACGUCUGCUAGAGUUCACAGCACUGGGGGAAAUAUAACGUAAACACGUUUCGACAUGAAUCUAACUUAUACACAAUCAUGCUAACUUAGACACAAUCACACUAACUUAGACACAAUCAUGCAAAUUUAGACACAAUCAUACUUACUGAGACACAAUCAUGCUAAAUUAGAUUCAUUCAUACUAACUUUAGACAUUUAUGGUAACUUAGAAAAAAAUAUUCUAACCUAGGUAUUUUCAUGCUAACACAGACACAGUCAUUCUAACGUAGGCACAAUAAUGCUAACUUAGAUACAAUCAUACUAACUUAGACACAAUCAUGGUAACUUACACAAAAUCAUUCUAAAUUAGACACAAUCAUACUAACUUAAACACAAUCAUGCUAACUUAGACAUACUCAUACUAACUUAGACACACUCAUACUAACUUAGACACGAUCAUGCUAUUUUAGACACAAUAUUGCUAACUUAGACACAAUCAAGCUAACUUAGACACAAUUAUACUAACUUGAGAUAAUCAUGCUAACUUAGAAAAAAAAUCAUUUUAACAUAGAAUCAUGCUAACACAGACACAAUCAUACUAAUUUAGACACAAUCAUACUAACUUAUACAAAAUCAUACUAAGUUAGACACACUCAUGGUUACUUAGAAACAAUCAUACUAACGAAGACACAAUCAUACUAACUUAUACACAAUCAUUUGGACCUGACCACUGGUCUUCUUGGACAUCAUCGAUUCUGUAACUGCGCUGUGGUGUCAAUGUGUUGAAUACCCUUGACUAUCGAAUGUCUUCUAUUCGAUCAAUGCCGCCUGACGGCAUGGUUACAUUGGACACUGGCCCAGGGCCUCAAGCUUCUACGGCCCUCACGCUUUUAGGAGACUCACUCUUUUGGAGGCAUCACGCUUUACAUAUUGUUAAUGAAUAUUGAAAGAUUUGUGGAAAUUAACUUGGUUUAAAAGUCAGGGGACUGCCAGUUUCCCAAUUUUAACCCACGAUAAUACCGGCAUCUUCCAGAAUUAAUAUUAUAAAUGCGAAUCACAAUGUGGAUACUUCUUAAAGGGGAAUACACUCAUGAACAAGAUUUACUUCUCCCUGAUAGGAAUCGAAAAGAAUGUAGCAAGGAUGUAUGUUUACAAUCAUGUUAAACUAAGACGUUAGUUAGAGGUGGUGAUAACCCAAUCUACGCCGGUGAAGUGUAGAAUGAUGCAAAACUUCAAUCAUUUAUGCGCCAAAAUUCAUCCCAUCAUUUUGAAUUUAUCCUAAAUUUUCUGGGGAGGGGCUUACUGAGACCUCUCCCCCAAAACUUAACCCAAGUUUCGUUCGGCGCCAUAGAUCUCUUCUCUCUCCCCAAUUAAAGUGACAGUAGCCACAGUAUUUAUGAGAAUGUCAGGAAUUUAAAAAAAAAUUAAUGUUCCUUAUCUCUAGGUGACUGUGAUCUGGCCAUCUGCGGUGGGACAAACUUUAUGCUGUCCCCUGACGUCUUUGUCCACCUCAGCAAAGCCAAGAUGGUUUCACCAACUGGACAGUGCCACGCCUUCUCCGACAAAGCGGAUGGAUACACCAGAGGGGAGGGCUGUGGAAUCGUUAUUCUCAAAAGAUUAUCAGACGUAAGUUGUUUAUUUAUUUAUUACUAAUACAGCACAGACAAUAGCAUUAUGGCAUGUUGACCCUUGCCAGCGAUAAGUCAAGGACACUAUUGCAUAUUCUAAUCAUCGUUAUCUCGACUAGUCAUUUCAAAAAAUCCUGUAUGGCCCCCUUCAAACCUCAUCUGGGACACCCAUUUUAAGGAAAUAAUAAGUGCUUUAUAUAGUUAUUUAAAACUCCGGGUAUACAUUUUUUUAAAUCCUAUAUUCACCGUUCCAUUAAUUGCAUAAAUCAACAAAUUACAUUGGAGGACAUUUGAGUGACUGAGCUGAGAUUAAGCUUGCCGGAUGACAGGCACUCUUUUAACACAAGAUAUUUAUAAAUGUACAUAAAAACCAAGUCCACUUCAAAUGAGAUAUAAAAAAAAAUAUUAUUAUCCUUUUGUCAUACAGUAACGUUUUUCGUGAAUCUUUCUGUAUUAAAUUAUUUGCCAUGGAUAGUUUAAUUAAUGUAAACUUUUAUGCAAAAUUCGAUGUUUCUUCCUUAAACUUAGCGAGAAGUGUAUAGCCAUUCAAAUAUUUCGUGGGUUUCCAUUGGCCAGUAUUCAAGAAACAACAUUUAGGGGGUCACGAUUAAUAAACAUUUUUUGCAAAGUAGAACAACCACGCAAUAAGAUGUUGGAGAGGCAACAAGGAGUUUCUAAACCCCUUUACACCCCUUUUUAGGUUGUGGCCCAAACUCUUGCUACGAGAUCUUGAACUUUGGUUUCGGCUCCGUAUCAUUUUUAACUCAAUUAACUGUUUUUCAACAACACCAAUUGUCUCUGUAUCCGAAAAUGGAUUUAUCGUCCAAUCUGGAAUGUCAGUUAAAAGUAGAUCUAAAUAUAUCAGACGUAGCUUUCAUGUAGCCACAUUCAAAUGACCACAAUAUAAUUUAAGAUCAUUAUCUUUUAUCCCAGCUUUUCUCCUCUAGUAAAGAUAGGCUUCCAAACUGGAAUAGCUCACAACGGCCAGUUUUACAGUGGGGAAUAUAUAGUUAAAUAUAAAAUACAUAGACAAUUGAUUUGAUUUUAUAUGAUAAAUCAUUCAUUGAAUGUGCAAAUAUUUUGAAAAAUUUGAUAAAUAAUCAAUGGAGUUUCUAUGUGUUUGGAGAUUAGCACUUAGAGAAACAUUCGUGUCUUCAAAAUAAAAUGCCCCUACAAGUCACAGCAUCAACCUGUAAAGACGAUUCAAACUCUUGCUUUGUGAUAGCCUAAGAAAUUCAGAGUAUAGUAGCAAACAUUGACCUUUUCGGGACGCAGCCUUUUUCUGGGUUGUCAAUGAUUCGAAUGACCUAAUGUCAGACUAUUUUUUUUCGGAUGUGGUUUCUCACUUCAUCGCAACACUGAAUAGUUCAUUUUACACUGGACUAAACUAUACACAUAGUACACACACAAGAAAUGACUACUUACCUAAACCCAGGAGAAAAUAUUACCAGGGCAAAAACACCACAUUAGAGACCGACCAAAUUUCGGCUUCGGCUUCGGUUUCGGCGCCGAAAGUGGCCAUUUUGUCACUUUUGGCCAAGUUUCGGUUUUGGCCGAAACUGAAAAGUUAACUUUCGGCUUAAUUUCGGUUUCGGCCGAAAGAGAACAGUUAUCUUUCGGUUUUUCUUCGGUUUCGGGCGAAAUUGACUUAGACUUUCGGCCAACAUGGCCGAAAGUGACUCAGGUUUUCGGUCAUUUAAUUCUUAGCGAAAGCGAUAUUUAACAACAAACUAAGUGACAUUUAAGAACAAAUUAAGCGAUCUUUGAGAACAAACUAAACGAUAUUUAACAACAAACUAAGAGACAUUUAAGAACACACUAAACGAUCUUUAAAACAAACUAACGAUCUUAAGGAACAAAAUUAAUUAUCUUUAAGAACAAACUAAGGGAUCUUUAUGAAAAAACUAAGCGAUCUGUACAAAAAAGUAGGUGAUCUUUAAAAACAAACUAAGCGAUAUUUAUGAGCAAACUAAAAGAUCUUCAACAACAAACUAAGCGAUCUUUAAGAACAAACUAAACGAUCUUUAAAAACAAACUAAGCGAUCUUUAACGACAAACUAAACGAUCUUUAACAAUAAACUAAACGAUCUUUAACAACAAACUAAGUGAUCUUUAACAACAAACUAAGUGAUCUUUAAGAAUAAUCUAAGCGAUUUUUAAUAACAAACUAAACGAUCUUAUAGAACAAACUAACGAUUUUAGGACCGAACUAAAUGAUCUUUAAGAACAAAACAAAUGAUCUUUAAUAGUAAACUUAAUGAUUUAUAAGAAUAAACUAAGCGUUCUUUAACAGAAAACUAAAUGUAUUUUAGGAACAAACUAAAAGAUGUUUAAGAACAAACUAAUAGAUCUUAAUGAACAAAAUUGAUUAUCUUUAAGAACAAACUAAGGGAUCUUUAUGAAAAAACUAAUUGAUCUUUACAACAAACUAAACGAUCUUGAACAACAAACUAAGCGAUAUUUAUGAGCAAACUAAAAGAUCUUCAACAACAAACUAAGCGAUCUUUAAGAUCAAACUUAACGAUCUUUAACAACAAACUAAGCGAUCUUUAACAACAAACUAAACGAUCUUUAACAAUAAACUAAACGAUCUUAACAACAAACUAAACGAUCUUGAACAACAAACUAAGCGAUCUUGAACAACAAACUAAACGAUCUUUAACAACAAACUAAACGACCUUUAUGAACAAACUCACCGAUCUUUAAGUAGAAACUAACCGAUAAAUAACAAACAAUUAAACGAUCUUUAAAAAAAAAUUAAGCGAUCUUUUAGAACCUCAUUUUUUUAGAGACACUGUUUAAAAAAAUAAUAUUUUGCAUUAAUUCCCCCCCCCCCCAAUUUUUGCCAAAUUUUCUUCUACCAUGCUAAUUUUUAAAAAAAAUUGUAAAGCAAUUUAAAUUACUUUUAUAUUAAAAUGAUAAAAUCCAAAGUAUUCAUUAGAUCAAGGGUCUCAAACUCAAAUCAUGUUGGGAGGGGGGGGCACAGGAGGCAGUGUCUGAAUGAGAGUGGGCCGCAUCAAGUAAUCCACAACAAAGCGAUUACAACUGUUACAAUCUGCUCAACCUUUAUAAAUAACAAUAAAUCAUUAAGGGAUUUUCAAGAACUACUCACUGUUGCCAGAGACCUGGCAUACAAAAAUAUAUGGAAACAUAAAAAAAAAAAUCAUAAUUAGACUAGUCGGUGAGAUUCGACUGAAACCGUCGCGGAAAGUCACGUUAUAGAUAUGAGAAUGGGGGAAACGGGCCGGCGCAUUUACACUAAAUUUUUCUGUGAUGUAACGGGCCGCAAAAUAUCGUCUUGCGGUUCACAAAUGGCUCGCGGGCCGCGAGUUUGAGACCACUAUUGUAGAUGUUUAUUUAUUAAUAUUCACGAUUAUCUCAUUUUUUAUAAAAAGAAUGUAAAUAUUUACACUUUCCCCAUUCAUUUUCGAUGUAUGCAGAAUGUAUGCGGGAACGACUUUCAAAAUAUCUUAAUAUUUCAUUUUCGGUUUCGAGUUCGCUUUCGGCCGAAAUUCAUUUUUAACUUUCGGCUUUUUUCGGUUUCGGCCGAAAGUCAUUUUUAAACUUACGGCAUUUUUUCGGUUUCGGCCGAAAGUCAUUUUAAACUUUCGGCCUAUUUUCGGCUUCGGCCGAAAUCCGAAAAUCACUUUCGGUCGGUCUCUACACCACAUCAAAUCUAACCCCCCAAACUAUUAGUCUGUCUCUCUCAAUCGAAUCGUUUUCUCCCUUUAUAACCCCCAAAUAAAUGUAUGCACAAGAGUUCACACUCGUUCACUUAACCCUGUGGUCAAAAUCACAGUACACCAUGUUGACCAAGUCAUGAAAUGGAAAAAACAGGACACUUUCAUGGAGGGUGGGGGGGGGGGGAAUACUCUCUAGCUAAAGAGGAGUCCGGGGACCUCCACCGGAAACUGUUUAUUGAAAAUUUGCUCCUUUUAACCAUGAAAUAUAACCAAUGAAAUGGAAAAAACAGGACACUUUCAUGGAGGGUGGGGGGGGGGGAAUACUCUCUAGCUAAAGAGGAGUCCGGGGACCUCCACCGGAAACUGUUUAUUGAAAAUUUGCUCCUUUUAACCAUGAAAUAUAACCUAGAAAUCUACUUGGGGCACUCAGUCUUUUCCCAUGUUUCACUGAUGUGUUGCUUUAUGUCUGAACGUCCACCAUGACCAAUACUAAAAACAUUAUUGCAAACUGUGCACUCGGCUUCACUUUCAUAGCGUUCCUUUUUAAAUAUAGUUCCACUCUUUAGAAUACUCCGCCAUAAACUUACAUUGACGCUUGGGUAUAAUUAUUGUUCUAAUGAGAAGAUAAUAUAAAAUUAAAGCAUAAAGUUCAAAACCCAAAACAAACACCUGUCACUCUGACACGAAAAGGCGUGUAGGGAUCACACACACAAGACUAACACAUUACACGCAGGGCUGCCACUCACUUUUUUAAAAUUUCCCAAGAUUUGGUCAUGAAAUUUUCCAAGAUUUCCCAAGAUCAUAAAAGUAUAUAGGAGUUUUAAAAAAAAAGGUGUGCGGGGGGGGGGGGGGGGGGGGGGGGGGCUAUGUUCUUAAUGUAAUAAUAGAUUGAAUUAAUGCCCCUGAAAUACAUGGUACAAUAAUUGACUGAAAUUUAUUGAAAAGUACAUUAAAAAAAUGUUUAUCACAUAAAAGAAAUAAACAAUAUGUUUUUUUAAAAAAUAAUUUAUAUUAUCUUAUUAUCCAAAAUAUCAAUACCCACUGGAGUUAGGCUACUAAAUGUUACCUCCAUAUUCUCUGGUAAAAAUAUCAUCUAGAAGUGUAAUAGAAGUCACUUGGAAACAAAGCUCACAAGGCUAAUCAUCAAACAAUUCCUCUUACAAAGGCAAAAGGUUCUUCAUAAAAAAAUGUGUUUUCUUAUUGUAAGUCUGUUGGUUAGUAAUUGGGUUUGCAAAUCUAUUAAGUAAGCAACAUUUGAUAAUAAUUGUAGUUAAAAUAGAUUGAUAGUAUUAUGAAAGCAGUAAGUAUUUUAAUUUUUUUCUUGUAAAUUUACAUUAUAAUGAUUUUUUUUCAAACGAAAUACUGUUUAAAGGAAUUUUUUAAAUUUAUUUCCUACAACCUAUAAUUUUAAUAUCUUAGUUACCUGUGUGUCAAUCCACAAAUAUUUUUCCAUAAAAAUUAGGCAUUUUUUGUAUGGUUGCUAAUGUCCUAUACGCAUGAUAAAGUUUCCGAGCCUACCGCCGCUGUCCUCCCCCCACCCCCGAUUAAUAAACAUUUAACACCUGGAUGUAAUUUGCAAAUCUUCAUCUUAAAAAAAAAGAGAAAAUUUAAUUUUUCUUUAAUUAUUAACUUGUUAUUAAUUUACAAUAUUAACUUUAAUUUCAGAAGAGUUCUUAUUUAUUUAUAAAUGGUUUUAAAAAUUUAAACCAGAAAAGAAAAUUUUAAAAAUCAAUUUUUCCCUUGUUACUUUAAAAAUUAGUUUGCUUUAUUUCCACUUUAUUUUUUGAUCACGUAUAUUUUGUUAUGCGUUUUUUCGAAAAAUAAAAUAACAUUUUCACCCCAGUUAAGAUUUCCCAAGCUUUUUCCUGAUUUUCAAAAUUAUUCCCCAGAUCCCAAGGGGGGUCGUGAAUUCCCAAGGUCUUGGGAAAUUUCCCAAGGUGUGGUAGCCCUGAUUACACGUAGCGGUCGGUGAAUCAAAAUUAGUUUCUGCGAAGUUACAUCAUCCCCCCUCUUUUCUCUCUCGAUGGCAGGGACACUGUAGUGGAGGGGGAACAGUGCAGCCAUCACGCGAGCCAACAUCACUACUGGCACUGGCUACACAGCUAGCCAAAAUAUUUCUUGAAGUUAUAUGAUAAAUUAGGAAAUUUUAGUGAUUUGAAAAUGUGUUUGGUUUAAAAAACGGGACAUUUAGGCGUCCCGAGAGACUUUUUCGGGACAACGGGUACGACCGUGAAAACGUGGUACAAUGCCGUGUUUACUUGACGUUUGGUCACCCUACAGUACACGCGACACCUCUGAUUCAGUGAGCUUGACGGGGGUGUACGCGCCAAAAAAACGGAGCACUUUUUCGAGGUCGUCCAUUCGCAUUGCAAAACAAUAUAUUAAAAAAAAAACUAUUUCCUUUAUAUGUAUAUAAAUCUAUAUAUAUAUUCUCGUAGGAAAUUGAAUGAACUAAUAGAAUCUUUAUAAAUCAAGCUGAAAUCUCAACAUUUAUGCCAAUCAGCUAUCCUGAGAUGCAUAAUAUAUGCGUGUUAUUAUUUGUUAAACGUAGAAUAAACAUGACUUACUUGUAUCAAAUGUGUGCAUUUUUUUAUGGAUGAAGCCUGAAUAAGUCCUAACUUUUGUUUUUGGGAAAAUAGGCCCAUGGAAUCCCACCAGACACCUCUGGUCAUGGUUGCCCUUCAUACAUCUCUGGCAUAUGGUUCUAUUCCUUUUCCUGCCUCGGCUAUUUUCAGUUGCUACAGAAACACUUUACUAGGCUCCCAUUUAUGACCAAGUGUUACUGAGAAAGUUGUAUACGUACCGUUUGGUCUCUUUCAUCAACAUUUGAAUGAUAUUUAGUGUAAAAAAUAGCAUAAAGUGCUAAAAUGGGGUGCUCAUGCCUCCAACUGAUAAUUAAUGCUCGAUGCUGCUGUCUGCUGUCCAUUGCUAGACAGGGGUAGAUAGUACCUGGGUGGGUGAGGUGGAGCUUUUUACCAAUAGUUGUUUUUUAAAUGCAUAAUAUUCUGCAGUUGCUAAGCUUUUGUCAAGCGCAGUGAGCCAAGUCCUAUGCUUGGGUACUGCGCUAUGUAAAACGACCUUAAUAAUAAUAAUAAUAAUAAUAAUAAUAAUAAUAAUAAUAAUAAUAAUAAUAAUAAUAAUAAUAAUAAUAAUAAUAAUAAUAAUAACUGUAUCUAAUUUUAAUGGUGGGUGGAUGAAUGGUCUAAACUGAGCAAAUCUCAAGUUGGUGGUUCAGUUUCAGCCAAAAGCAGAGUGAAGCAAAAAAAUCCUAAAUUAUAGCUACUCACACGUCAGACGCUCCGAAAUUUUACAAAACUGUUUAAAAAAAAUCCAAACAAAAACUCCGUUGUCAGCGUUUUUGAACGCCUGCUUAAAUAAUUUAAACACAAUUAUCAAUUUUUUUAAAACUCACUGUCUUAAAAAUACAAAUCUUUUAUUAAAGUUUUUUUUUUUUUUUUAAAAUCGCUUACCUUUAGAGUUUCUUGUGUUAAGAACAAGAUACAUUUUUUUUUAGCUGAACCAGUUCUCAAAAAAAAAAAUUCAAAUUAUUUUUAAAACUCACUUUCUUAAAAAUACAAAUUUUUUAUUAAAGUUUUUUUUUUUUUUUAAAAUCGCUUACCUUUAGAGUUUCUGGUGUGAAGAACAAGAUAAAUUUUUUGUUAGCUGAACCAGUUCUCAAAAAAAAAAAUUCAAAUUAAAACACAAUGGCACCAUGCGCUCUCAAUAGUGUAUCCUUUUAUUAAUUUUUUUUUAUUAGACAUCUGAGUGAAGCGUUGCUACAAAGUUCAUGCAAAAUGACAUAUACAAGAAGUAAUACACAUUAGAUUUCAAUAAUUUUAUUUCGGUGUCAAUGAAAAUGUUUUUAAAAAUCUGCCCGUGACUCAUCUUUGGUCAUUUUAUUUUAGUUGUCUCCCCCUGCUAAGUAAACAGGUUUUACUAUUAUUUCGGCGCUCGUGCACUUGAAAAGGUCAAAGGUCUUUCCGAGUAGGUCUGAAAGUAUUUAUAGUGACUGAGAGAUGUGAUAUAUAUUAAGGACUUUUCUGAAAGCCGAAAUUUGAUAGUAAUUUUUUUUUAUGUAUGAUUUUUGUAAAAAAUACCAUUACAAAAUUCACCAGCUUCCCUUACUCUUCUAAAAUUACAUAUAGAUUUACCGCCCUCUUGAGCAGUCUCACGGCCCCCUUUGGUGGGGGAGGGGCGAAACAACUUACUUUAAGAACCACUGAUAUAGAGGAUAGUAAAGUUUGGAUGAAAUUUAAAGAAUUAAUAUUGGGAUCAGCAAUAAUAUGUUUGGUCUACACAUUUUUACUAGCCCUAUUUUAAUUCAAUGUUUUUUAGUUGUUUUUUUGUUGUUGUUGUUGUUUUACUAAAAAUAAUAUAGUCACAAAGAGACGGAGACAAAGUUAUGGCAACGAUUGAAACUCAAACAAACCAAGACGGCCAUUCAGUCACACCAAUAUCGGCCCCUUCCAAAGAGCAGCAGAUCAAUCUGCUUGAAUACACGUACAGACACAUGACCAAUCAACAGCUUGAGGAACUGGACUACAUAGAAGCUCACGGUAAGCUGGGACGGAUUCAGUGUUAAGAAUUUUUUGUUACAUUUAUUUUUCAUGCUCUUUUCAUGUAAUACCCAGGUACAUUGAUAACUGGCCACUUUCCAAUAUUGAAAUUUCAAUUUAGGUACAGGGACACAAAUGGGAGACCAAGCAGAAGCCAAAGCUCUCGGAGAAUUCUUUAAACUUAGAGGAUCCAAAAAAAUACGACUGAUGGGAUCAAUUAAAACCAACAUUGGUCACUUGGAGUCUGCUGCUGGUGUGGUCGGUCUGAUCAAGGUUCUUCUGAUGAUGGAGCAUUCUAAGAUUGUGCCCUCGCUUUUCUCUGAGAUCCCCAACAAGAAAAUUGAAUUUGAAAAAUUAAAUUUGUCUUUGCCUUCCAAGGUCAUGGACUGGAAAAAGGGCCAACACCUGGCUUGUGUCAAUUCGUUUGGUUUUGGUGGGUCAAACUGCCACGCCAUUGUUAAAUCACAGAAAAAAGAAACUGAACUUAAAGGUUCUGAAAUAAAACCAGCAAUCGUUUGUUUUUCUGGUAAGAAUGAAGCUUCGCUCCGGGGAAGUUUAAAAGACUUCUUGGAAUACGACAAUGUCGGCUGCCUUGAUCUUCACGAUGUAGCUCUCACAUCAACUGUUCACAGAACCCAUUAUACAUCACGUUUUGCGACGGUUGCAUCAAAUUUAGGUCAGUUGAUAAGUCAUCUGAAAGCAGAAUUAGACAAACCUACAACAGAGAGACGCUCACAUAAGGUUUCAACAGUCUUUGUCUUUGGAGGAAUGGCUACUGCCUGGGAAGGAAUGUGUAAGGAAAUGAUGAAAGAGAGUGAGAUAUUUCGCUCUGCUUUGAGUGAGAUUGAUGACUUUCUGGGAAAAUACGUUAGUUGGUCCAUAGUAAAACGUCUUCAAGAAGUAACACCCUCCGACUACGAUGAUCAUCUCUUCAUUCCGAUUGCGAUAUUUGCCUGUCAGGUUGGCCUCGCUAGCCUCUGGACGAGCCUCGGAGUUAAGCCGAACAAAAUCGUGGGACAGUCUGUGGGCGAAGUGGCAGCAGCUUACACAGCCGGUCUGUUGACUCUCCAAGAUGCUGUUAAAGUUAUUUACACAAGAUCCUUGCUCAUUAGUACCGUGACUGGGGGGAAAAUGUUCGUGGUCAGGAAUGUUCCGAUAGAUCGUGUGAAGGCGAUUGUUGGCAAGUUCCAGGGCAAAGCCUGUGUUUCAGUAGAGUACAGCCCAGUUUCGUGUGCUGUCAGCUCAGACAGCGACAUCGUUGAGGACAUCAAAAAUAAACUGCCAGAAGUGGGAAGAAAACAAGAGAUCAGUAUAACGGAUCUGAACGUCCCUGCGGCCUAUCACAGUCAUCACAUGAACGAAUGCACAGCGAAACUUGGAGAGAUGUUGGCCGACAUUAAUCCAUGUCUACCAUCAGAAUAUGAAAUGGUCUCCACGGUGACUGGACAGCGCGUUGACAAGCCAUUGGACGUGAAUUACUGGAUAGAUAACUUGAGGCAGCCAGUCAGAUUCUACGAAGCUGUCAAGAGAACAUACACAGAAAAGUACCCUAACCUGUUUAUAGAGAUUGGUCCUAAACCAAUUAUGUCUGCUCAUUCAAUGGACAUCUUUCCAGACGGUAAUGUGCAGAUGGCGGUCUCCAUGACAAAUAAUGGGGAAUGGAAGCAGUUUUUAGAAGGUUUAACAAAGACUUACAUGAUGGGUCAUGAGAUUCAGUGGAAAACACUCCCACAAUGUGGGAAUACACUAGCUCCUGUUCCAAGAUAUCAUUUUAUGGCCAGAGAAGGAUUCGUCAAGACUGAGGUUGGUCACAUUACACUGAGUGGUGUCGACAACCUCAGAACAUGUCAUCCUUAUGUUUUCAAGAUCAACAAUUUUGAAGCAAAAGUGAUUUUCUCCCAGAUGACCUUUCCGUCAGUCUACGACCAUAGCGUCUCAAACAAGUUGAUCUUGCCCGGGGCAUUUUAUGCUGAGCUUGGUUUUGGCCUAACAAAAGUGAUGAGCACGAUGAAGGCAGCUAUGUAUACAGUGUCCGUCUUGUUUGAACAACCAUUCGCUCUCCCGCGAGAUCGUUGUGUUGAGUUUUCAAUAGACAUGACUAAAUCCCCGGACAAUGGUGAUGAUGCUGAUUUCUACAGAGCGCUAGUUAAAAAUGAUGGCAAAACAUUCGUUGUCAUAGCAGUUCAAGGAAUUAGUAGAAAAAUAGAGCCCACAACUCUGAACCUCUACCCCAUUAUACUAUCAUGCCCAGAAGUUUUGGAGAAAGACGAAAUAUACAAUAGGCUAAAAAAGUUUGGAUUUUCUUAUGGUCCAAAAUAUUCACUCUUGGAACGUGCACGAAGGGGACAAAAUCAAUGCUAUGUCGAGAUAACAGUUCCGAACUCAUUGGCUGACGAGCUGCCCGGAACCACACUCCAUCCCUCCAUUAUUGAUGGAAUGAUACAGUCCUCCGUCAUCCUUAUGGAUGAAUCGGCCGAGGCUCGUGAUCUUCUGCCACGAUCUAUUGGAAAACUCACGACAUACAGACCCAUUGAGACCAACAUGAUCAUACUGUGCAACAAGAAAGGCAGCGAUGGUAGACUGACGUACUACGACAUCAAACUUCUAACUCCGGGUGGACAGAUGAUUGCCCACAUAGAGAAUCUUGCACACGUGACGCUAACCAGUAGGGGUGAAGUGCAUGAAAAUUUGUACAAAUGUGUAUGGGAAAAAAAAGUAACUGUUUAUCCUUUACAGGACAUCACAAAAGACCCUAAAGCGUUACUGAUCGUGGACCAUCUCCCAACCUCUGAGCCAAUAUAUUUGCAGAACCGUUGUUUUUGCUUUGACAGCAUGACACGCCCUUGGGACAUUUUCAAUGAGGAUUUCAAGAACAGCGUUCAACGUUGUGAUUUUAUAAUCCUACUCAUAACGAAAACAACAAUCAGUGAGUCUGAAGACGGCGAGAGCGUACUGACUAAGGUACACAACCUUUGCAUGCUACUUCAAAGGUUGUACUUGAAUGCCUACGAACAGAAACUUGACAAACCGAUUUACUUGUUCACCCGAAAUACCUUUCCUAAAGAAAGUGAGUCUCCAACGGCGGAGCAAGUGAACCCAUUGAUGACAGCUUUGUGGGGGCUCCUCAGGUGUGCCAUCCGGGAACAGAAUAACAUCGACGUGAUUGCCCUUGAUUUACAGCUUAGCGAAGACAAGAUUCGCCUUCCCUUUUUGGCAUCGGUUGCCGAGCUCAUCAACAAGGAUCCAAAGCUUCGAGACUACCACGAGUGGAGAGUCACGGAUGAGGAACUGUUAGUCAACCAGAUUGUCCCUGUUGAUUCUGAGGGCGAUACACCUAUCUUUAGGUUGAACCAUGUUGAUGCGUUUACCGACGCCGUCGUAGUAAGCAGUGAGCCGACAGUUCUCCGGAACAGUUUCUGCGUGUACAAAGAUGAAGAACUUUUAAACGCAAAUAUACAAUUCAGAGAGCUCAUACCGCUAAAGACUGCCAUUCAAAACCCGGAACUGUUCAGCAUUGUCUCUCUCUGCGGUGAUAUUGAAAAUAGAAAGUCCUUCACAGAUGACGGAUACCUGGUAUAUGCCUUGGAAACUGUUGGUACUUUGAAAGAUGGAUCCCAUCUUCAAAAGGUGGUGUCGUGCUAUCCAUGUCCAUUGGCCUCCAAACUCUGGGUCCCAAUCGCUACAACCAUUGAUUUCGCGUGUAUACCUGAUUAUAGACUAGGUGACUUAACAAAACUCAUUGUCCUCUGGUCCAUUUACCAAAAGGUCACGAAAUCUUCUGCUACUAUUAUAGCCUCUGCUGCAACACAAAAUAUGGCAUAUGCUCUUUGCACUCUUCUUAGUUCAGGUGAAGAACCAAAGAUGUGCAACAUUGACUUUAUGGAUGAUCCUGAAGAAGUUCCUCUAAACGAUUGCAUUAUCUCUCUACUUUUAAUUGAGGAUUCUAUGAUUUACAAAUGGAAGACUGGGGAACAUCAACCAAAAGAAAUUAUUACGCUAGAGGUUUUGUUUCAAAAACAGAGCAAAAACCUCGCUUCUCUAUGGAUUCCUUCUGUAGAAUUUCACUUGGUUGACACGACAGAGCUCUUUAGUCCUAACAACGUUAUGACGACAGUUACUAAGAUAAAAGAAAAUAGAUUAACAACAAAUUUUAUUCUAACUUGCUUACACAAUGCACCUUCAGUGUACUCUGAAUUUAAAGAAAUAACAUCAGAUCUCAAUGACCUUUUAGAGGUCCAAGUGCAUAGGUCACUUCCAAAGAAGGUCAGAGCAACACAGUCAGAACUCUUUCGUAAGGACAGCCUUUAUUUGGUGGUGGGUGGGUUGACCGGUCUGGGUUGGAUGACCGUGAAUUACCUCUCAGAAAAUGGUGCUGGAAACAUUGCUUUGUUAAAUAGAAGAUCACCGUCUGAAGACGACAGAAAAAAGAUACAAGAACUAAGUGACCGUCAGAACUGCCACGUUGAGGCAUUCAGUGGGGACGUUACAAAGAUGGAGACUCUGUUGACCAGCUUUAACUCCAUGAAGUCUAAAUUCGAGGGCUGUUCACUCAGGGGCGUUUUCUUCGGUGCAGCAGUUCUCGAGGACAAAAUGCUGCUAGCGAUGAGUUCAGACCAAUUUAAAAGCGUUCUGUCUCCGAAGGUCAAGGGAGCUUGGAAUAUCCACCUGUUAACAAAAGACAUGGAUCUCGACUACUUUGUCCUGUAUUCAUCUGUCACCUCCAUAAUAGGCAAUUUCGGACAGUCAAAUUAUGGCGCAGGCAACGCAUUCAUGGACGGCCUAGCUUUUUACAGAAGGGCUAAAAACCUCGCAGGUCAGAGCAUCAACUGGGGGGCCUUUGAUUCGGGACUCCUGAAAGGUAAACAAGAAGCCCAAAUGAAAUUGGAGGCUAAAGGAUUACUUGUCAUGUCCGAAGACGAAGUGGUCAAAACAUUUCUGCCAGUGAUCAUGCUUAACUGGGCUCAGAUCAUGCCAUGUAAAUUUGACAAGCAAAUCAUCUUGACUCGAAGAUCACAGGACACCCCAAUCGCUCUGCAGUAUCGUUUGGAGAACUGGUUUAAUGGUUCAAGUACCGAGAAGAUUAUAAUACCUGAAGACACCUUGCUGAAGAUGCGAACAGUGCGUGACUCACCGCGUGAGCAGCGAUUGGAAGUUUACAUCGGGUACUUGACUGACCUGUCCGCGGAGCUCCUCAACAUCUCCCCCGGAGGUCUUCACAGAGAUGCAAACCUCAGCGAGCUCGGACUGGACUCCAUCGUGACCAUGACGAUGCUCAACAACAUACGUGAACAAGCAGGAUGCAUGCUCCCUCCCAUUGCUUUACUGAGCGGGGAUGCAACCGUG